UGACGGUGAAGCGGCCCCACGCGCCUGGCAUCUCCCUCUUCUCCCAAGGCACACAAGGCCCAGAUCACCUACCUAAAUACACAGCUGGGAACUGAGCCUACAUAGGCAGAGGACCCCCACGCAUCCAAAGAACCACAACGCGCGUCGCCAUUAUCACCCCUCUGAGGCGCGGUGGACCCCAGGCCCUCCAACCACUCAUACAUACUACAUCGAACAUCACCGUUCUCCGCACACAAUCAAAAACGGGUUUCGAGACACCAGCACACACCACACCACACCACACCACCGCACGCCCCCGCGCUGUCUCAUUCAUCACAAUGCUGACAUUCAGUCCCCCCUGGAUAACCCACACCAACGAAAAGCGGCACAAGACACCCAUUUACUCGCUGGCUGUGCAUCCGCUGGGGGAGAAGCUUGCUACCGGUGGUCAAGACGCGAAAGUGAAGUUAUGGAAUGUAGCGGCGGUGUAUGAUGAGACGCUGGAGGCUGACCCGGGGACGCCGAAGCUGUUGGCUGUUUUGUCGGCUCAUAGUGGCUCGGUCCUAUGUGUACGAUGGUCGCAGGACGAUGGGCAGCUCCUGGCGUCGGGGUCGGAUGAUUGCAAGAUUGUGAUUUGGAAGCAGGAUAAUGCACCGAUAAGGGGGAAUUUGCUGAUAGAUAAGGACGCGGCGCCGUUGACCGAGUAUUGGAGGGCGGUAAAGGUGUUGACGGGGCAUGAAUCAGACGUGGCCGACCUAGCCUGGUCCCCCGAAAACAGAUACAUCGCCUCCUGCGGCUUCGAAACUACCGUCUACAUCUGGAGCGGCGCAACGUUCGAACUCCUCCGCAAACUCCAAGGCCACUCCGCGUUCGUCAAGGGCGUCGCAUGGGAUCCCGUCGGGAAAUACCUCGCCUCUCAGAGCGAUGACAAGACGACACGAAUCUGGCGGGUGGCGGAUUGGGCCGAGAUCCAUUCGCUGUCGGCGCCGUAUGAGGCCGCGGCGUCCACCACGUUUUUUAGGAGGCUGUGUUGGAGCCCGGAGGGGAAUGCGAUUGUGACGGCGAAUGGGGAGAGUGGGCAUCGGCCAACCGCGCCGAUUAUUCAUAGGGAUGGGUGGACGUCGGAUAUCAAUUUGGUGGGGCAUAACGCUCCGAUCGAGUGUUCGCAAUUCAACCCGCAACUAUUCGAACUCCAAAAAGAAGAAAACGGGACAACGGUCAACAAACACACCGCGCUCUGCGCCCUCGGAAGCCAAGAAAGCACGAUUUCCAUCUGGGCGACCGCCAGCGAACGGCCUCUCGCCGUCAGCAAAGAAUGCUUCAAACACAGCAUCCUCGACCUGUCCUGGUCACCCGACGGGUUAUGCGUCUUUGCAUGUUCAUACGACGGCACCGUGGGCGUGCUGGCCUUUGAACCCGCGGAGCUGGGAACUCGGCUGCCGGCAGCGGAGAAGGAGCGCGUGCUGAACAGUCUGGGCGUGAAACGGAAAGCGGUGGUGGAGAGCGUCACGCAGCUGGCGCUGGAGGAGCAGAUGCGGAUUGAGAAGGAGGCGAGUUCGUCGAGGCUGAAUACGUUGCUGUUGGGGUCGCAGCAAGGUGGGGCGGCGGGGACCAUACCACCGGCGACAGCGGCGGUGGUGGCUCCGGUGGCUGCGACCCCGAUGAAGAAGUUUCCGGCGCCGUCACCUGUGCCUGCCACCCCGAGCGCGGUACCGUUGAUGCAGAAGGUUACGCAGACGCCAGAUGGGCGGAAGAGGAUCCGACCGACGUUCUUGAGCAGCGGCAUCGACGCAGCACCCCUCACCGGAAGCCAACGCCUCAACGACUUUGUAUCCAUGCAAAUCGACCGGCCACUACCCCCCGACACGAACGGCGACAGCGGUGGUCACGACGUCAUCAACGGCGACGGCAUCCCCACCACCGCCGGCAAAAGGCGCAAAGUCGACGAGCUUAACGGGCCAGCCAUUGGCGCUGUGCAUUACCUCCUCCCGACGGUUGUCGAGGCCAGGCGGCCGGUGAAUCUAGCCAUACCCAAUGUGCGCACGAAAGUGAUCACAAUGAUACCUACGGGUGAGAAGGAGGAGCCGGCGAAUGUGGAGUGUGAUAAUACUAGGCAACCGGUGAAGGUGACCUGCACGAAAGGCUCCGAGAUACUCUGGGUGGAUACGCUUCCCUCCCACGUGAUACUGGUCACGGGCACCGCGAGUUUUACGGCGAUUGCGUGUGUCGAUGGGAGUCUGUAUGCUUUCUCGCCUGCUGGGAGGAGGUUACUGCCGUGUUUAGCCCUCGAAUCUCCAGCGUCUUUCCUCGCUUCUCAAGGCGAUUAUCUCAUGUGCCUGACCUCGGGGGGAAGUCUAAGCGUAUGGAACAUAACAAAACAAACAACAAUAGUGCAAGACUCCUCCAUAAUCCACCUCCUCCAAACCGGGCCCAUCCGCGACACAUCAAGUCCAGCCUCCCCCUCGCCCUCCCCCGACGUCACCAUCCGCAACGCCUACCUCCGCCGCGAAGGCAUCCCGGUGCUGAUCACGAGCAACGAGGACAGGUACUCAUUCCAUCAUGGGAUGAAGGUGUGGAUGAAGAUUGCGGAUAGGGCGAAUAGCCAGGGCGUGACGUUAAGUGGGGGAGAACAGGGGGUGCCGGGGGCGACUACGUUGGCGAUUUUGGAGAAUCAACUAGCAAGCUACACAGCCCUCCGCUCCGCCAACGACUAUAUCAGAACCAUCCGGCGAUACGCGACCAAACUCGCCGACGAAGGCGCCGUAUCGAAAGCGAUCGAGUUGUGUGAUGAGCUACUUGGGCCGCGGUCGAGUAGGGCGACGAUCACGAAACCACUCGCUGGGACCAUCGAUGAGUGGGACCCGCUUAUUUUGGGUAUCCCAAAACGCACGCUGCUGGAACAGGUGCUUGUGCCAUUAAGUAAAAACAGGGACCUGCAACGCCACGUGCAGGUCUACUACGACACGCUGGAGUCGAUACGGGAUACCGAGCAUUUGUCGCAUCUGCGGUUGUGAAUGGAGUGCCCGUUGGGGGAACAGGACUCGGUGUGGACGUAUGCCAGUCAAGCACACAUUGCGUAGAACGACACGAAUGCGGCAUGUUGCAGAAUCAAAGGCGUAUAUACAGUUUGCAUUGCAUAGGAGGAGCGG